GUGGAGCGGCUCCUUGCCUCUGGCUGGGUCAGGGAAGAGGGUCUCCGGUGCUGGAAAUCCAGUCCUUGUGGAUAAUGCUUUGCUGGUGAAGAAAGAAAAGUUUUGGGGUCUGGUAGGGGGCAGAAGGGGUAAGGAAAGUAGUGGAAGAAAGAAGGUGGAUGGUUGUUUUCCGUCUCUGAUCUGGAAGGAAUGAUGACCGAGGAAGGAUGUGCACCAGCGGCCAGAUUAUUGGGAGCCUCUUGGUGCUCUCUGUGCUGGAGAUAGGGCUGGGGGUAUCCAGCGUGGCCGUGGGGGCAGUGAGCUUCAGCCUGGCCCUCCGAGAGCACAAGCCGCAGCUUGGAGACUCGUCCCCGUUUCUUCUUUGCGGCAUAUGUGGAAUACUGUGCGCCAAAAAAAAAUCUGGACUCGUCAUGAUCCUCUUUUCCGCCUGCUGCAUCUGUGGACUCAUCGGGGGCAUCCUGAACGUUCAGUUCCUUCGGGCUGUGACAAAGAAGACCUCUUCCCUGUAUCCUCUGCAUCUCGCCUCCAUGUCUCUUGCGUGCAUUGGGAUCGGGGGCUGCACCCUCUCUUCAUGGCUCACGUGUCGACUAGCCAGCUAUGAACAGAGGAGAAUGUUCUCAGAAAGGGAGCAUUCUCUGCAUCACUCUCAUGAAAUGGCUGAGAAAAGAUUGAGGGCUAUUGAAAUAACCGACUUGCCCAGCUGCCCGGUGGUGCCCCCGACACCAGAGUUACCUACAAGGAAAUGACAGACAACAUGAGCAAUGGAGGACCACAACUGGUAUUUAAUGGAAGAGUCUAAUCAAUGUUUUAAAGAAUUGAUUAUUUUUUAGGAUUUUCAUGAGGCAAGGAAAUACCAAAGGACUAGGAGAUAAAAUUAAAACAGUUCUUGCAUUUGCUGUUAUCCCUCCCAAGCACUCACUAAAAUUAUUCUUCCUCAAUUUUGCCUCACUAUUUUCUUCAGCUUUUUUAACUGGGUGAGAAACUUUCCAGAAAUGCUCUAGUAUGUAAUAUCAACCAGCUUUCUAAAUUGUGCUAAAAAAGACUUUUCAGGGGAAAAAAAGGAAUGGAUAAAACAGAAAGGUUCGUAUUCUACACAAACACUAUUUGACUAGCAUGAGUGUUAGAUUUGUAAUGACAUGUUUCAUAUAAGUAAUUAAA